AUGCCGCACCCAAACCAGGCCGGCCUCGCCUUCAAGCGUGCCGUGCCCACCUCCCUCGAUCGCGCCUCGUACGCUGGCUGCCGGCUCUAUGGUUGGAUGGCGUCGCCGUACACCGCAAAGGUCCGCUCGAUGCUGUCGUACAAGCGGUUACCGUUCAGCGACGUCGUUCCGUCGGCCAUGCAGCUGCGCCUGACCGUCAAGCCGGCGGUUGGCCGCGUCAUUAUGCCGGCGGUCAGGCUGGGCGACGGCAGCUGGCGUCAAGACAGCGCCCUGAUCUGCGACGAGGUGGAGCGCAACCACCCCGACCGACCGACGCGGCCUCCUGGCGCUACGCAGCGGCUGGCAGCCUCGUUGCUCGAGCUGCACGCCGACGAGUGGCUGCCGAUGGUGGCUCUGCACUAUCGGUGGAACACGGGCAACGCCGACUGGGCCGUCUCCGAGUUUGGCCGCUGCGCGUUCCCGAUGCUGCCGUCGUUGAUCGCCUCGCGGCUCGCGCAGCCGGUGGCCGACCGGAUGCGGGCACUGUGCCGGGUGCACGGCGCCGUCUCCCCGGCCCUCGCCGGCAUCGAGUCCUUCACCGAGCGGCUCAUCGGCACCCUCGAGCGGCACCUUGCCGCGGGCAGCGCCGCCGGCGGAGGCCCGCAGCCGUACCUGCUCGGCGGCGUCCCCUGCCGCGCCGACUUUGCGCUGUACGGGCCUCUGUGGGCGCACCUCUACCGCGACCCGCACUCGCGUGCCAUGUUCGACGGCGCGCCGCACGUCGUGCGCUGGUUCGAGCGGCUGCACGGCCACGCCGCCGACGCCGCUUUUCCGCAGCUGGCUGCGCGCGACGCGGCGGCGACGCCAGCCUCGACGUCGCCCGACUCGGCGAGCGGCUCGGCGGCGAAGUUCCUUCCCGACGACGAGGUGCCCGAGACGCUCGACCCGCUCUUCCGCGCGCUCUUCGACGAGCAGUGGCCCUUCUUGCAGCUGGCCUGCGCCGCCGUCGACGAGCACGCCGCCGCGCACCCGGACGCGGCACGGACGCCGCGCGCCUUUGGCUACGCGCCCUUUGUCGCGGGCGGCGUGGCGGGCGAGCGGCGGCUGCUCGCUUACUCGGCGUGGCGCGCACAGCGCCCCCUCGACGAGUACUGGGGCCUCGCCCUCGCACCGAGCCGCGAGCUCGAGCUCCGGAGGGUCGACGCGUGGCUCGCGCGCCUCGGAGUGCGCGACGCCUUCCGCGCGCUGCAGCCGGCGGUGCGGCUGGAGCGUGACGGAGAGCUGCCGCAGCCGUUCGACGUGCUCCGGCCUCGGGACGGCAGGCGGCUGCCGUUCAACGCGUGGCAUUGA